ACUCUGUCACUCUUCUUUACUCUCUUCAUCCUCUUGCUCUCUGGUUCUUAAAGUGACUGAACUAGUCUCUUAGUUUUGAUGCUCAAGUCACGGACACUGAGUGUAGUCUGAAACACUUAGUUAUGCGAGAGAAAAGCAAUUUGGAUUGAAGUUUUAACUAUGUGUCGGUGCCAUGGAAAAAAGAAAAGACUUUCUCUGACUUGUUAAUGAAGACAGAGCAGAUUAAAACAAGAGAGAUCAUUCUGGGCAUCGUUUCCACUCAGUCACUUGCUUUAAAUUAUCUUUAACUCAGAUUUAUCUCACAAAAAGAAGAAGAAGAAGAAGAAGAAGAAGAAGAAGAAGAAGAAGAAGAAAUGAUGAAGAAAAGGAUGCAAGCUGUGCUAAAGAAACUGAUGACAGCUAAACACAAGCACAAGUGAAAUGAAACAGGACAGGAAAUUACAGAUCUGCACUGGGAAGCAACCAAAAACUGGGACUCUGAAAGUGGACAAGCUCUUUAACACUGGAACCUCUUCACAGAUACAGAAUGAGUGGAGUUAACUUGUGUUUUAGUUGCCUAGGAUGUCUUCACAAUCCAAGAAGGCAAUCCCCCCCAGCAUGCCCAAUGCUAUGUUCCUCCUGAUGCGGUGCAAGAUUAGUCUGAGAAGGCAACUGCAGACUACUUCAGAGAAAAUGGUAAACACUUCUCAUGGUGAUGAGGAAAAAGGAAUUCAAGACAAGGAAAGCAAGGAGGAAACCAUUUUAGCCAUGCUAGGCAUUAUUGGGACGAUCCUCAACUUGGUUGUGAUCAUCUUCGUGUACAUCUACACAACACUGUAAACUACAGUACUGCCGUGUGGAGCAACAGGAACUAAACAGUGCUUCAUGUCAAAAUGUUCAGUCUGGAAAAUCACAUUACUGACUACCAGAAAGCUCACAGACAUCUCAGACUGUGUGGAAAAUACAAUGUCAGUGUCCUCCAGAGACUCAAGAAAAGACCCUGGCGCAGCGAUUCUCUUACUGUCUGCAUCAGAGGACAUCAAUGAGAACUUUACUAUUUGUAAAUAUUUACUACUUUCUCCAGUGUGUUGUCUAGUACAGUUCACAACGUAUUAAUGAGAAUCCUGGUGUGAUAUUAAUGAAAGCUAAAAGUGAGUUAAUGUACAGGACUCCUUUUCAGGAAUUUACAAAUUUUACACAAAUUUUUUAAAACAAGUAUGUUGUUAACCUUGAUUAAAUCUUGUCACUUGGUAGUGUUAUAAUUUCAGGAUGUUUGCUAUACCAUUUUUAAUAAUAUGUUUAUGAUGAUAUCUUGCAGUAGCUUGAUAAGUUUGGCAUUAACAAUGUUCAUUGUUCUGAAGUAAAGCUUGAUUCUACUGAAGGUAACUGAAUUUUUUAGCAGAAAGUGUGGCAAAUUUAUAUAUAUAUAGGUUAAAUUGAUGCAGAUUCUGUAGGACAGGGAAAACCCAAGCAAGAUAAACUGUGUAUGUGAACACUGAAAUGCACUAUUGAAAUUUAACUAUAAAGCAAAGUGCAUUAUUUUGUCUAACUCUACUUAACUGUGUAAUAUCAUUCAAUGUAUACACCAUAGUAUACAUUGCCUUAAUUGAAAAACAUUAUUUCCAUAUCCAUGUCUGCAUUUCAGCUACUUCCUAUGCAGACACAAGUCUAUAUUGUUCUCCUUGGUAAGGCAUAUCUUUACAAACAAAAUAAUCCUGCUUUAAACUAAUACUUACAAAUAUUUCCAUAGAACUGUGGCAAAUAAAACAAAUGAAUGAAAGUCAUUAAAUUUCAUCCAAAACCUCUUUUCUAUAGAAAAUGUCCUUCAGACCAGUUAACACACAUAACUAUUGUGCAACACACAUUGAUAGCAAAAGCACAAUGUUAUAGAACAUCUUUGCCAAAUGAAUGUAUAUACAUUACGUCUGCAUGUUCUUCUUAUAUGAAAGUCAUUUGUCAAUUAAUGAAGUGCCUGUGUUUCAGUAAGAGUCAUUUACUCGUCUCCAAAUUCUCUCAGCUUUCAUGGAUUUUUGUCACUUAUAGCUUAUUCUACUGAUUAAGCCACAUGGGUGUUUGUAGUGUUAUGUUCAUUUACCAAUGUUGCACUAAUUGCAGUACGGCAUUGUAAAAAAUUAAAAACAAAUUGUACUUUGUAAUUUUUUCAAAUUAGAAUUGUUUUAAAAAUACAGUGAGCACACAGUCUUUAAACUGAAAACAAAAAUUGAUUUGAUUUGUCUUGAUUCGAACAAAUUUUGUUUCAAUAUAGAAAACAAAUAUUCAGACCAUGUUCUCUUUUAUGGACAAAUUUUCAUACAUUUUCCUACAACUACACCUAAUUUUACAAUACUUGUGAAAUGAGACAGUCAAAUUUUCUGAAUGAUGGUGGUGUAUCCGUUUAUGUAGCAACAUUAAAGCCAGCUACAUUUAGUAAAAAAUAUAGUCUUCAAUUAUGAAUGUUAUUUGUUAUGCUUCUCAUUUCCUUUAUUCAAUGGUUUGUAUUAUAGCCAU